AUGGCGGAAUCUGAGGCUUUGCAAAAUCCCUUUGACGAUCUCGUUGCAGAGUUGAGCGAUCUAAAUCUUGACUCGGGAAAACAGGACUUACUCUCGCACACGUCAAAUGAAUAUGAAAACGAUGGCCCGCGACCGGCCGAUUCAGUUCGAAAGACUGGAGAUCCACUAGAAACUGUGUCAAAAUGCCCCGGGGGGGUGGCCAUCAAGUACUCUCUGAACUGGUAUUACCUCCCAAAUGUGUUCGACGACACGGCAGAUUAUUUGAUAUGCACCAGAUGUCAUGCCGACCAUAUCAAAGGAACCGCCCUUGAAGCUCAGUUCAAACAGAUAGAGUGGCCCGAUGGCGAAGUUGCCGUCUGCGGGUUUCGGUUUCCUCGUAUCAAAGAGGUUCUCUGGCCCGAAGCUAUUCGGACAAACAACUUGAAUGCUCUGCGUGAAUAUAUGACCAGACGUCUGCAGUUCAAGCCCUGUCCCGGGCUGACUAUGACAAAGGCCGCCGAGGGCAGAGUCCUCUAUGGCAUGAUGGACAAUGAUAUUGAGGGAUUUGUCGCAUGUGAGGCCUGUUACGAGGAUUACAUUGUUGGGACUAGCUUUGAGCCCAAGUUUGGUACUUAUCCCGAAGGAGUCUCGACAUUCAGUUGCGAUUUGAGCAUCUCAUACAUUGCGGGCUCUGUUGCUCCCAUGUCCAAGCACAAUAACUGGAACGGCUUUAUAAAUACCGCUAGCCGACGUUUUCAACUUCCGGCAUGCAAAGGGGAGCAGAUACGAACUGAUGCCGGUGAAUGGUAUCUAUCAAAGAACCACGCUAUUGAGAAUUUCCAGGUUUGCGAGACGUGCUAUUUAGACAAGCUGGCACUUACUCCUUUCAAACGAGAGUUCCAAUGCAUCGAUAACGACUUCGAUCCGGAGCUGUGGAGUUGUGGACUGGCGGAUAGGAACCUGUCAACACUAAUGGCAUUAGGGGAAGCCGAGGACAGACGCGACUUUGAAGUGUUUGUAAAGGCGGCGCGGGUCAUCUGUAGUCUCGUCCCUUGCACAUCAGAUGGCAUCCUCUACGGCAACUGGUGGACUCUGAAGGGUGGUUGCGAAAAGUUCAAUAUAUGCGAGGCAUGCUAUGCAGGGUUUAUCCAGGCAAAGGGCCUGGAUAGUUUCUUCCAGCCGUCAGAUCGAGAUACUUCCAGUGCCUACGUGUGCGACUUUUGCCCUUCGACCCCGCGCUUUGGCCAGUAUAUUGUCCAGUUUGCGGAGAUGCUUGACCGAGGAGUGUUUUCUUACUUUUCAGAUUUCGUCACGACCUUUGCGGGAGUGCCUGCGUGUCCUAAGAUCAAGGGAUACAGCAAAAAGAGGUGGUGGGGAUACCCGGAAGCUCAAUUCUGUCAGGAAUGCUACCUUGACUUUGUAGCACACACGCCAUUAGGGAAUUCGCUUCCUCUGAAUGGAAGGUACAUUGAUGAGACUACGCUCUGCCAGAUAUGGUCGCCGCGAUUGCGUGAGAUGUGGCUCGAGGUUUGCAGUGCCGGCGAGCCAGGCUCUAAAGAAUCAGACGCCGCCCUAGAGCAGUUCAGGACAUUUUGUGUGCAGAGGGUCCAGAUUUACCUAAAAACAGUUUCGCAGAUUGAAGUGAUUCGUACCAUGCAGAAUAUCAAGAAGCAGACCGCCUUCAACAGCGCGUUACUCAGUAUCCAGUACAGCGGCAUGGAUGCAAGGUCGAGUAUAUUCGGUAAUACAGAUGGGCACAAAUAUGGGAAUAGCAGCAUUGGGUGGUUCAACACGAGUUAUGGCGCUCAGUCACGGGAAUAUUUCAAUGAAUUUACGAAUGGGCUCUCGGAUUCGAAUAGACCUGAGGACUGGAUGCGUAUCGCACAGUUAGAGUCUAUUUGGAAGCAGGUGGAAUAG